AUGAAUAGUCAAGGUUACGAUGAAAGCUCUUCCUCUACUGCUGCUACUAGCGGUCCUACUUCUGGAGACCCACGAAUGGGUAAGAAACAACGGUUUAUGAAUCUCAUAAGAACCACAAAGGAUGUUUAUAUUCCUAACCUGACGUCAUCCAUUUCUCAAAAGACAAUGGAUGGCAUCAGGAGCACUACGAAUUCCUUCGAAGGUUAUAAUGACUUGCCUAUGGAAUUGCCACAUAAUACCACGAUAACAUAUUUUCCAACGUAUACCACAACUAAUUUGGUUGACCCUGACGGUUUGAGUGCGCCUCGGAAAGAUUUUGAAACUACUGUCAGAUGUGCUGUUUCUUAUCCAGGAAAUCCUACAAGCAGGAGAAAUAGGUGGUUGCUUUCUCUUUGUAAACAAUAUCUUAGAACUGGAACGGCGGAGGCCGAUGUUGCACCUGUUGUUCCCCCUCAUCUCGAAGAGGAUUCUGGAGAUUUAAACGACUCCCAAUCAAGUAUAGAAAGUUCUUUGUCUUCAAAGAGCGAAAAUAGGUAUUCACAUAUGGGCAUCCAAGAGGAAGAUGUUCUGAAUGAGAGAAUUCAAGGAUUCCUGUCCAAAAAAGUUCCUAAUACUCCAGUGGUGGUUGACCUAUUGCCCAAAGAUAAGCUCAGAGGGGAUACGGCUUCCUUUUUUGGUACCACGGACUCUUAUGGUAAUUUACUAAUCAAGGCAGAAACAGAUUUUUUACCGUCCAAGAUUAAUAUUACAUUAGAUACCCCUAUAGAAGGCCAUGCAGAUCCCAUAUCUGAAACAUUUCCGGCCAAUUAUGUCUCGCCCUACGGUAUUGGUUUAAUCAGUGAUAUUGACGACACCAUCAAGCAUACUGGCGUUACGGGUGACAGGAGAUCGAUGUUUCGUAAUGUUUUCAUCCAUGAUGUUCAAUCGUGGGUAAUAGAUGGUGUUCCUCUUUGGUACAAAACUUUACAUGAUGUCGCAGACGUUGAUUUCUUUUAUGUUUCUAAUUCACCCAUCCAAACUUUUACUCUUUUGAAACAAUAUAUUUGCGCCAAUUUUCCUCCGGGUCCAAUUUUUUUGAAACAAUACUCUGGUAAUUUCUUUUCCACUAUCAUGACUUCAAGUGCGAAUAGAAAAAUUCAGCCGAUUGCAAAUAUCUUAAAGGAUUUUCCCAAAAAAAAAUUUAUUUUGGUCGGUGAUUCUGGUGAACAUGACUUAGAAGCGUAUACCACUACGGCUUUACAAUUUCCGAACCAGAUUCUGGCUAUUUAUAUAAGAUGUUGCUCUAAUUCCAUGAGUGAUGUCCCAUCGCAUGAUGAAGAAGUUAUGAAUGAAGUGAACAAUAUCAUCGAAUUACAACAACGGCCCAUGCAAAUGACCAAGUCUACCGUACGUACCAGGAGAAGACCACCACCACCUCCCAUUCCUUCCACUCAAAAGCCAUCGUUGACAGAAGAGCAAACCGAAAGUAUAAGAAUGUCACGCCGUAAUAAAGAUGAGAACAAUGCUAAAAGAGUUGCCCCACCACCGUUGCCGAACAGACAGUUACCUAACUUAGACGCUAAUACUUACUAUGUACCAUCCUCACAAAAUGACUAUGGCAUGUAUGGUGCUUUCAUGGAUAAAAAAGCAGAUGAAUGGAAGAGAAGAGUAAUGGACUCAAUUCAAAAAUUGAGCAAUCAAGACACCACAUUGAUGUUCUUUUCGGAUCCGGCAUUAAGUUUGGAAGACAGUAUUCGCAGAAUUAGGGAGAAGUAUUCAAACUAA